UUGCGUCUGGGAAGAACAACCAGCGACCAUCACAGCGUGCACAGCUUGAGCUGCCACGACCCCACCGGGCCUGUGGCUGAGCCGGUGCCGUCAUACCUCCGCGACCGAUUCUCCCUGCAAACGAGGAAAGGCAAUCUUGCAUUCCCGUUGGUAGCAAGCAUCGCCUAACACCAUGGCACGACGACGGAACAGUGUCAUUGUCGCUGCUGUCUGCUAUCUGAUUGCAAUCAUCUUUCUCAUUCUCGUGCUGAUAGGGAAUACGUCCAACAAGCCGGUCCUCAGAGAUAUCUUCUUCUUCCGCCUCGACGUCGCAAAUGUCAUUCCAAUCUCCACCGCCGCCGAUGCCACCCUCCUCAACACCAAUGCCCGGACGCUAGGCCUUCACGAUUUCUACCAGAUCGGCCUAUGGAACUUCUGCCAGGGAUACAGCGAUGAAGGCGUCACCGAGUGCUUCAAGCCAGAGGCUCUCUGGUGGUUCAACCCGAUCGAGGUGCUGACGAGCCAGCUCUUCACCGGCGCCGUCAUCGCGCUGCCGCAGGAGGUGACGACGAUCCUCACCGUCCUGCGCCUCGCCCAGCAGAUCAUGUUCGGCUUCUUCCUCUCGGGCAUCUGCCUCGCCUUCGUCAUGCUCCUCGUGUCGGCCGUCGCCAUGCGCUCGCGCUGGUGGUCGCUGCCCCUCGCCAUCUUCGCCUUUCUCGACGCCCUCCUCGUCACCGUCGCCAGCAUCCUCGGCACCGCUAUGAGCGUCGUCGCCAAGUACGCCCUCACUGCCCAGUCCGAGCUCAACCUCCGCGCCAGCCUCGGCCCUCGCAUGUUCGCCUUUAUGUGGGUUGCCUCGACCGCGACCAUUGUCGCCUUUUUCGUACACGCCAUCAUGGGGUGCUGCUGCCGCCGGCACCCGCUCGACGAGCGGCGCACGAAGAAUGGAGCCGACGCCCGACGGGAGCCAGGCCAUCCUCGGAACCGAAAGCCACGACAUCGACGAGGCGGAGGACGGGCCCUGGGUGCCUUUUUCGGCAUAGGAAAGACAGGAAAAGGAGAUGGAGUGGCAGAGAACAAGAGCACAACGCACACUUCGACAUGA